CCCCCAUGCGAAUCCACCGUAACCCCGGAAUCCCAAUCAAAAGGCGUCCCCUCUGAGUGAGUAGCACCACUCGACGCUGCUUUCUAAAUCUAGACGACAUCCCAAACCUCCCGCUUAAUGGCUACCAGAAAGGCGGCGCAUUUUCCAUCAAAUACCUACGUUUCCUAUACAUUUUUUCAUCAUUUCAAAAUUGGUAUUCGGAUCGCAUCAAUCUGCUGCACUCGAUGAACGGGUUUUAAACCCUUUUUCGGGCUGUGCUGUGCUCAUAGCUCGAUCGCGACAUCCCGCGCAUAAUCCGCCCAACAUCGCGCUUUGUCGUAUCACCAACUAUCAACAUUUCCGAAUUGAGCCGUUAAGAAUCGAUAAUCAUCGCGCUACCCGCACAACGCAACAACGCAACAACGCAACAACGCAACAACGCACGACGCCUAAUUCAACCCCAUUCAACCCCCCCGACAUCCCCGACAUCCCCGAUCUCUCCGACCCUCCAACAUGCCCGAUAUAGAUCCCGCGGCUCUGAGCCGCCCAUCUGUUAGCCUUUCCACCCCGACUCUUAAAUCAAUAACAGUUUCCGCGCCUUCUACGCAGAAAGUGACCAAAACUAGCCAAAUUAUCCCCGCCCGAAUCGAUCUCGAACCUCUAUAUACUGCUCUUAAGUCGGCAAUUGGGAAUGAACAAUGGAACACGUACAAAGAAUCAACCACCCAGUUUAUACUAGGACGCUUGAAUCAGACAGAGUAUUCCGAACGUAUCGAUCAUAUACUAUCCAAUGGCGACAAAACUCAUCUCCACAACCAGCUUCUUGCUGCUAUAUACGGAAACCUCACGAGGGAAAUGCCAGACCAAGGAGUUGCGCCCUGGGUUUCUGCGAAUGACAAACCCACCACCAAUGUCGGCGCCAAGCCUGUGACCGGAGAUGCCGCCGAACGAAGACUAAAAGGAGAAGUCAUGCAACUUCCGAGUCGCGAUCGAAGACGUAUAAAAGAACUUACUCAGAAUGAAUUUGACCCCUUUGAAUCUUUAGCAGCUGUGUUUUCGGAACACCACCGAAGCAGAAUAGCCCGCGUACCGGACAUACCUCAAAGUGCCAAUGCCAACGACUUGAACAAAAUGAACUGGGAUCUCGAGAUUCGCAAACGAUUUGCACAACCCUUAGCAGUAGAGUCGGGCGAAUUUCCGGACAUAACAAGCAUCGAAUCGAGGAUGCUUCCUAUCUGCUACGAAGCAGGACUUGUUAACGGCCAUUCUUCAGAUGCUACACAAUUCAUGACCGUUGCCGCCGAGACCUUCAUCAAGGAAUUUCUUUCGACAGUAUUCACCAGGACGAGGAGCAAUGGGCCUGGCGAUUCUGGGAGUGCUGGAUUCGGUUCUGGGGCCAACUGGAUUCAAACCCACAAGUAUCGCCGCCAACUAAGACGAGAAGAAGUAGCCUUUUCUAGAGGAGAGUUGUCUAGGGAUAAGAGCGGACUCCUACCCGUCGAAGCAAAAGCUGCUAGCGAACGAUCUCCGCUAAGCAUGGCCGAUUUACGACUCGCUCUAGAAAUAGGUGAUUGUGGCAUCAGUUCGUUCCCUAUCAUCAGGAAGUCAGUCAUAUACAACUAUAGGGAUGGCGAACUCGAAAAUUACAACAACUAUACCUGGCUCCACGGCCAAAAGCCCAGAGAAUUUGAGGAUUCAGCCGUUAAUGGUGCCGGUCAGCAUGGCCCCAUGAAUGGCGGUGCCUACCCAGAACCAAUGGACAUAGACGAAGAGCCGAUAGCAUGGGAGGGUGCAAAUAACGAGGAUACGUCGAUGCUAGACAAUGUUUUGGACUCAUGCCUCGCAGUCCCUUAGGAAGGGGAGGAGGCCGCCGAAACAUCGUUGGCGGAAAACAUCUAGGAUGCCGUUGGUCCCUUGUGUUUUCUGCGUGCAUCAUAGGAAACACCUCAUAAUGGUCGGUCAUAUAUACAGCGGCAAAAACAGCAUGCCUGCUCUCUUGGAGUUGGCACAUUUACGUCACUUGAAAUCAUUUAACCCCUUAGGGCAAGGGGUUUUGCAUCAGCAUAGGGGUUAGGGGCGUUGAUUUUGUAUUGCAUUUUGUUGGGCGUGUAUGAACAUUGAAAACGAGGGUGAGAAGCGUGGUCGGCUUUGGCGUUACUCUCUGGUGGAUAUGUACUCUAUUGCAGCGAUACCCCCUACGCCACGGCAGGAAUACUGUCCGAAUUCUUGUAAGAUCAUUUCGCACGAUGGAUAGAGUCGAGAAGGUCUAAUUGGAGGCAAUAAUGUGGCCUGUAAUAGUAUAUAGGUUAGGUAGGUACGAUUGGCCCAAGACUCGGGAAGCCGAAAAAGAUAAAUUCAACAAUCCGAAUAUGUGAAAAUAGUGUAUUAAUGUUAUAAUUGAAGCC